AUGUAUGAUGGGGCUAAGACACGGGUAAGGACAGUAGGAGGCGACUCUGAGCAUUUUCCGGUUGUCAUGGGGCUACACCAAGGCUCUGUGCUCAGUCCGUUCCUAUUCGCCCUGGUGUUGGACGCGUUAACACACUAUAUUCAAGGGGAGAUGCCAUGGUGCAUGCUAUUCGUCGAUGACAUAGUUCUGAUUGAUAAAACGCGAGUCGGUGUUAACGAGAGGCUGGAGGUCUCGCAAAUAGAGCUGGAAAUGGACGGCAUUGCAUUUGCGAAGCCAGCCUCGCAAUUGCGAUGUGGGGCCGAGCAUAGAACCUUAGUUGUAUUUGUGACAUUCACAGGACUAGGCAGGCUUCGUAUUUGCGACACCUGUGUCAUAUUUGCGAACUUCAAGUCGCAGAAGUGA